AAUGAAAAACGAUGCUCGCAUCAUCAAGCGAUUUUUUUGCUUGUUUGCCAAUGUUUUUUUUUGCGUGUUCGAUUCCAAGAAGAAUGAUAUUACGUAUUAAACAGAUUAAGCUCCGCUAUAUUUUUAAGUAGAAUGGUCCAGUUAAGCUUUGCGUCCGCAAAGUAUGGACCUGUACAAUUUAAUAUUGUACACUUAAAUAUGUCUAGAAAAGUUACGUGACGUUUUGGUUUGUUGUUUUUCGAAAUGUGUCCGUUUUAUUUGUUUGGGAUUAUGUGUCUGCUUUGUUCCGCUUUGGGGUUACGUAUUUCAAACCUAAACAGCUCUUGUAUCCGAUGCUUGUGUCACGUUACCGGCUGCGAUCUGUCGCACAAAUGCACGGACGGUUACUGCGGGCCGUUUUACAUCUCGAGGGUGUACUGGGUGGACGCCGGGAAACCGACGCUGCCUGAUGAUGACCCCAAUCGGAAGGAAGCAUUCGAAGAUUGCGCACGAGACUACAACUGCUCCAUUAGAAUAGUCGAGAGCUACAUGGCUAAGUUCGGAAAGGACUGCAACGGUGACGGCGUGACUAAUUGCUUCGAUUACAUGAUGAUCAACUUCCACGGAGGGCGCGCUUGCUCCGAGCCCCUAUUCCUAAGUCCACAGGGUCUAAAAUGGCUCGCGCACUACCAACAAUGUCGAUUUUAACCACAACCCUCAUCCUAUUUUAGUAUAAAUCUAUACACUGUACAAACUAUAAAUUCAUUAUAUCAAUAUAAUAAAUAAUUAAGUUAUUUUC